AUGGCGGCUAGAUCCAAAUCCAAAAUGGCGAGUGGUGGGAACUUCCGAGAAGUUUUGCAUCACAGUGGAAAGCCACAAGGAAACGUGAUAAAUUUUACUAUAGGAUCAGCAACGACAGUGAGGGAUGAAGAAAACGCUCAGCCUCAUACGGGAGGUGGAUUUGCUUAUCGAGAGUGCGGGACUGUCGACUCUGUUACUCGAAAUCGUUACAUCUUUUGGUUCGUAUUCACAAGAAAAUUUGUGUUUGAAACUUGUAACUCGCGGCAAUUUUUGUCCUGUACUUUUGUUGUUAAGUUUUUGGGUUUAAUACCAGUACACGUUGAUUUUAAUUAAGACUCAAAGUGCCUACCAAACUACGUUAAACAAUAGCAAUACUUAGAUAGGUAGAUAGAUAGAUAGAUCGAGAUUUAACUGUCGUUUAAUUAAAUUUUAAGAAACUUUGGAAUAUGCAUACGGAGCCAUGCCGCUUUCUAAACUAUCUUAAACAGCCAUUUUUGUCCACAAACUAGAUUAAAAUAAGGCUAGUAGGUGUUUGUGCACUCAAUUUCCUAAUGUUUUGCGAAUGUUUUCGUGUACAGGAGAGUAACAGAUAAUGUACUGGAGCUAUUUGAAGAGUCCUUGGACUACAAUCUCUCAGGAAACCACCUUGAACUACAGUUUACUGACGGUGUUCUUUUACCAGUGGUGUAUAUCUUUGAAACUCCUGCACAUGUUAGCUUGUUGAUUGCCACAACCAACAGUGUACACAGGAUUGCGUUCCCUCAUCCAGACAGACUUCGUAGACAUGUAAGUCUUUUAAAGAAAAUUAGAUGGCAGCAGUCCUGUUAGACUGAAUCAAGUUGAAGAUGUCAGGUCUUUUCCAGACAUAACCUUUAUACUGGCAAGUUUUUCACAAUGCACCAGAUGUUUUAAUUGAGAGGAGGGACACCCCCUUCUUAUUGUUGCUCCUUUCGUGCUUAAAGGAAACCUCUAGUGAUUAAACAAGUCGCUAUUUAAGUGAUGAAAAUGUCUUGUAUUAGGAAGAGUUGUUUACAGUAUACGGCAGAAACCUAAAAAAAUGAUGGAGUACCUUGUUAUGUGGUGAAUGCUAUUAGUGUUCCAUGUUUUGUCUCUGGAGGCUGCACUGCAUGCCUUGAUUUGCACAACCCCUGGUUUAUAUGGUUAAUUUUUUUACCAACUGUGGUCCGUUGUACUUUACCAUAAAAUUUGUGUUUUUGGGCUGAGGUGUUCAUCUCACUUUUAACUUUGUCUCCUAGGGAUUUGGUUUGUCUUACUCUAGUGAAGGAGGUCAGCAGUCCAUCUUUAAUGAUUUUUCCAGUCAUCAGCUCAGAAGUCCUUCAAAUUUUGGAACUUUUUCACAAUCAUGUGUGACUUUUGCAAGCUGGCUUUGCCAGGAUGGACAUUGUCUCUUUGCUUUAGCUACAACUUCAGGAAUAAUACUUUUAAUAAAAUUGCCUCCUCCUGGGAGUGGCGGUAAGAUGAGUUCAGUUUUGGAUAUUGUAUUGACAUUGUGAGAGAAAUUACAUACUGAUCAAUUCUGGUUUGUAUUAUCAUGAUAGGUCAAGUUGAGCAGUAUGAAUUAAAGGAAGCAGGAGUGAUGCAACGUCUUUGGUCUGGUCUUGUUCCUUCAAGCUUAAGGAGAGAGACAAUGGCUUCUGAUGCUACACUGAGUGUAGGAAUCCAUCCAUAUGGAAAUCAUAUGUGUGUGUUUGCUCUUUGCCGAGAUUGCAAGCUUAGGAUUUGGUCCUGCCAGGUACUUUGGAAAUAUUGCAAUAAGUAUUUUUCAAAGCCAGUAAACUCUCCGCCAAGCAUUUGUUUAAUAUUCACCUCUGAGGUUUUUUUUUUCAAAAUGGUCUUUCAAAAGUAUGUCUAAUUCUUUCACUCUCAAGAUCCCAUAAGUAAUUCUCCUUACUGUCUGCCAUACAAUUCCUAUGAUGUUAGUUUAGAGAAUUUUAUAUUGGAUCAACUAACAAUCCCUUCUCUAAUACAGUUUGCAUUUUUCUUUAUUCUCAUCACUUGUCUGCUUGGUACUGUAUUGAUAUUGUAAGGAGAAAUUCUGUCUUGGUCACUCAUAGGAGUUAAAGGGUUGAGACUUUUCUUUUACCUAAAAUAUUUUAACAUUGUUUCUUUAUAUUUCUGCCAUGUACUGAAUGCUACAUUUUAAGUAUUUAUUGUUUGUAUUUUUUUGUUAUUUGCAACUUUGAUUAUUUUUGCUAGACUCAAUCGUGCAUUUACGUCAAAGAUCUUCUGGAAGAUAUUCGUGAUGAUAUGGAUGCUCAAAACUUUCCAGGUAAGUCCAGUUUUUAAAAUUAUGGAUCUUAUUUUUGUUUACUGCUGUGUUGUCAUUGUUUCUGUAGUGGAGAUCAGGUUGAAGCAGUCAGUCAACCUGAUAUUGGUUCCGGGUUUUUUGAGAUGAUAAAAUCCAUGUUAGCUGGAGUUAUUCUUUUGAUAACUUGACAUAAUGCUUUUGUAAAAUGAAUUUCUUGUCCUUGCAGCUGUGGGUCAUAUACUCCGUAAAGUGGUAGAUCCAUCAAGUGGCAAACUUUAUCUUGGUUUGUUUUUAAACCUAAUGUAUAACACACAGGUGAGUGGACAAUUGAAAAGUUGAAGGGAGGGGGGGGGGGGGGGGAAGGUUGGAGAAGCUACCAGUAGAAUACUGCCAGUCACUAAGGGUCCAAAAUUUUUUCUUGAUAUUAUGAAAAAUUAUCGCUAAAACCUCUUGCAAACUACAGUUGAACCUGUAUUAAGCUGUCACUGAUGGUGAAUGACAGAGUGACUGCUUGAUACAGGCUGACUACUUAAUUCAGGUUCCAUAGAUACAGGGUAUUGUAAAAAAUGAUACACAACACCACUUUACGUGAUAAUUGACCACUUACUCUACAGAAUCUUGCCAAAAAAUACUACUUUCUUUGAUUUUGGGAGAAAAACAUGAUAAAAUUUACUUAAAGGAUUAUUCUUAGUUUGUUUGAGUGGAUCUGCCAUAAGUGACCAUUUAAUACAAGUGGAAAACAAAACAAGCAGACCAUUGGGACUCUGUAAAGGGUGACCAUCACUGCUUAAUAGAGGUGAAAAUAACUGAGAUCAAGGGAAACGAAUUCAGGACUUUGACAGCUGGCCACUCACUACAGGGUGAUGCUGGACGCUGUUUAAAUAUAGGUUUGAUUGUAUUAGGCGGCUGUUCAGUCUUGAGAGUUAAAUAAAUUACUCCCAUCAACCCUUUCACUCCUAAGAUCUCUUCCAGGAGUUUUCCUGCUUUGCUUUCAAAUCCAGAUAACUCAGACUUCCAUUACUCAAACCUUUUUCAUUUCCCUUGAAAGUUUGAGUUAUCAGGAGUUGACUGUAAACUUAUUAUGGGUGAAAGUAUGCAGGAUUGGCUGCAUGACACUGGAGGAUGUAAUUGCUCCAUCAAAGUAUUGAAAAAUUUGAUUGACAACUGUUAUCAGUAUAACACAUUUUGUAAUUGUUGUUUUAGUUCUGUGUGUAUGAGGUUGUGCCAUCUUCAGAUGAUGAUCCAAGCUUGUCUGCACUUUCCUUCUCAUACUUUCCAAAGGUAAAAUCUCAAAACUGACUGAUCACUUGUGGAGGCAGGUUGACCAAGUAUUUAGGGCACUGGUCUUGAAAUCUGGUGGCUCCCCAUUCUGCUACUCACUGGAUUUAUUUUCAGGUGCCUUGAGAGUUCAACUCCUUGGCUGCUCUUUGUUUAUAGCUGACUGGUCUGCCUCCUACCAGUUGGGGUUCUUCAAGCAAUGCGUUUAUGGUUGUUUACUGUGUUUAUUUCCAAUUUCUUUGAAUUGAUUGUUUGAAAGAACUGCUAUUACCCCAUCCGGGAAUUUAGUAGCCCAAGAUCUCUCUUGGACGCCCUUUGUUUCUUGUUUGCUUUCUACCUUGAAACUUUUUGACGGCCAUGCUUUUGUCUUUUUGCUCAUGGAUGAAUGUGCUUUUUGUUUUGAAAAAAAGGAAAAUCUUAUAGACUUUGCUGUGACCACAUCGAACAUCUGGACUUUAUGGACAGAUAAAAAUGGUGAAACAAUGGCUUACUUCACUCCCAUUGAAAAGUAAGUUUAUAAAUUGUAACAUUUGACAUGUGAAAUGUUUCUCUGAGGAAUUUUUUAAUGAAGUGAACUUCUUGGUGGUAAAUCUGUCCAUUUCUAAUGCCAAAAGGUUUCACUUCAAUUUUGUAGCAUAGAUGCACAAGAAUGUGGUUGGAAAAGAAUAUUCCUUAAACCAACAGAGAAUUCUGAUGUCAUGGUUCCACCAUAUAAAGAACCAAGAGUAAGUUUGUUUAUUGUACAGAUACUGGAAAUCUGAUUCUUCAAAGAAGAAUGUAAUAAAUAAGGAACUUCAGAACAUCAAUGAAUAGUCUGGAGAAAAAUUUGACCAUAUGCAAUGUUAGAAAUACACUCCAAGAUUUAACAAGGCUGCACUGUUAAUUUUUAGGGUGUGAUAGGAGUUAUACCAAUUCAAUGAGCUGUUCACCAUUUUGAAGAACUUUUUAAAAAUGUUGUCAAGAUUAAUCUCUACGUUAACUAAAAGUUUAAAAUGUGGCUACAUUUUACAACUAUUUUUAAGAUUUCUUUGGUGCUUCAAAAUAGUGUCAGUGCAGAUUUUUCUUAUGAAGUUUAUCCCACUGUAACCAUUCUAAAAUUAUUUUCUCAGGAAGUUUUUCUUGAUCAGCUCUUCUACCCUGGAAGGUUUUCAAAUCGUUCUAUUCUGAAAGCUAUGCAGGUACAGUUAUUUAAAUAUCUGUGUUCAUUUGAUUCUGUGGCUUCACAGUUUCUGUUGUGUCUUUGAUUUGUUCCAACACUUGCCAUGUGGAAAUAAUGAUGUGGUUUGGAAUGCAGAUACCAAAUUGUUGUUUUGUUUAUUGUUUAUUGUUUUUGUUUUUACUUUUUCCUUAUAGAUAUACCACCAUUUACCAGUUUCAAACUUUGUCAGUGAUUUUGAUGAGACUGUUUCAAGGAGUGAUUUGAAACUGGCUGUUAUCAAUCUCAUUGAUUCAGAGGUUUGUAUUGAAAAGAGAUGGGUUUUCUUUGCUGAGAUUCCAUUGUUGCAGUAGGUUUUGAACUGUAGAAAAAUGAUACAGAUCCAACAUGGCAACUCACUGUUACUUUUCAAUGUAAUCAGUACAGGAGAAUUAUAGGCACCCCCCCCCCCCCCCUCGAUUAAGUGCCCUCCAUCCAGUAGCAAAAAUUUUAAAUAAGUGCCUUAUUGCUUAUUCAAGGAAAUACAUAAUGGUUUAAGUUUACCACUUACAAAAUCUAAUACAGUUGGCUUCUUUAGAUUCAGAUGUCAGCUCCAGAUUAUGAGAUGCUUCACCAUGAGUACAAUGAUCUUCAGCUACAAUGUUGGACAAAGUUCUACAGCUGUGUUGUACAGUACCAUCAAGUAAGUAUCCAUGCUCCUGGGUGCUCCAAACUGCCACCAUUUUGGUAACCAUGGUUCAUAGAAACAAAUUUUAGAGGCCAAAUUUCUUAGUUUGGUGUCCUGUGUACAUGUAGUUUACACACCAUUAGAAUCAACAGAUCAAAGUCAGUAUCUGAACAACUGCACACUUACCCCUCCCCUAACCUGACAUAAACCUUAAAUUGUUACUAGUUGACUGUUAUUGGGUUAGGGGAGGGGUAGGUGCAGAAUCAACAAUGUUGAAGGCAUCAGAUUUGGUUUAGAAAAAGAGUUUUGUCACUGUGUUGAUUUGAGAUUGAUUUUUGUGGGCUUCAAAUUAUUUUGCUUGAUCUUAUUAAUAGACAACAAUGAAUCUGUUGAAAGAUAAUGAUAGAAUGUUGUAUCACCCUCAGUGUUUGUGAGUUAGAUUUUUGGUGAAGGUGUAAAUAACUGUCUUUAAUUCUUUUUCCAGGUUGGAGGUAAAGCCUUGGGCAUUUUCAUGGACACUAAAACAGGAUUAGUCUGUGUUGUGCGAAAGGUAGUAAACUGAAAUUGUUCACUCAUAUUAUUUUGAUAGGAGAUAUCCUUUAAAUUAUCUCUUUUACACCCAAGCCUUAACAGUUCAUUCUCCACACCAUCUUCCUUUCAUUUCUCACGAUUUUACUCUAACAAUGUGAAGUCAAAUCAAUCAAAGUCCCUAGGAAAUAUUUUUACUUCUCUUCAUCAUCUUUCUACUCAAACUUGAAAUGAUAUUGUAAGGAGAAACUCCUCUUUGGUUAAUUCUGAGAGUGAAAAGGUUAAAGAAUUGUAAAUUGUGUGUUUCAUUGUGGGUUUUGGAACAAAUUAUGAAAAUAGUGAAGAAAUUAAUUAAUGAGUACACAAUUUCUUGUCACCUUUAUUGGUUACAGAAUUCUGUAGAUUACAUUUUUUUAUGUUUUCAUUUGUCACACAGGAAAUGCUGUCAUUCCUGAGACCCUGUGACCUGUUUGAGCAACUUCACCUCUCUGAAGAACCUCUAGAAGUGUCAAUUGUUGCCACAGAGCCUCAUCUAGGUAUGUAUAUAAUCUUAAUGUUCCAAGUUUAGCAGGUUUCCUAUUUCACAUGGAUGUGUAGCUUCCUCUAAAGUAAAGGAGUUGAGGUCUGCAAUGAAGGAUGUAGAAUGAGCUUCGCCCUCUUCAAUUUGUGGUCCAAACAGGAAGUGCAAAAAUACCGACUUAGGGUACAACUUUAGACACUUGAGUCCAAAUUUAAAUUGUAGUGUCUGAUUUUACACACUAGUGUCCAAUUUUAGACAUGUGUAUAUGUCCAAUUCUAAACAUUUUUGUCUGAUUUUAGAUGCUAGUGUCCACAAUCACAUUUUGGACACUGGUGUACAAAAUAAAUGAGAAGAUCAAAGCUGUUGUAAUUGAAAAUAAUAUUCUUGUCAGUUUUACAUUUUUGUGUUACUUUGCAGAUAAAACCAUGAAGGAAUCAUUCAUAGAUCUUUGUAACAUCAUCAGAAUGGUUUCAGAUCAGGUGAACUAAUGUGAUGCAAUUUUCCUAAAUGAUAAUUUGUUGCUGCAAUACAGUGAUUUAAGAAAGGUUCUUAUAAAUUUUAAUAUCGAUUCAGUUAGUUGUGAUCAAAUUUAGCAAUCUUACAAUGCAGUAACUUGUAUCUUGACACAGAAUUUUUUUAAAAAUUUUUUUCUCCACCAUUCCAAUUUAGCUAUCUCCUGAGCAUCUAUCAGCACUUGAAAAUGAUGUCAUGUACCAGCUGAAUCCAGCAUUAACUGCUGAACAGAUUGCUGUUUAUCUUCUAACAAAUGUGAGGUAAGAAGCGACAGUGUAUUUCUCACAAGAAAAUUUUAAUAUCUAAGUAUGAAACCCCCUCUCUAAUGAUUCCUGUUUCUAAUAAGACUCCUCUUUAGCCAGACUUCUUUAGUCAGACUCUCCUUGAGAAGCCUCUCCCUCUAAAAAGCCCCUCUUUUUUGUAAUCUUCUCUCUCUCCUAAGCCCCUUCUUUAACAAGGCCCUUCUCCAGUAAGCCCCCCUUUCUAAUAAGCUUCUUUCUCUUAUCAGCCCCUACCUAAUAAGUCCCCUCUUUAAUAAACCCACUCUCUGAUAAGCCUAUCUCUCUACUUAGCCCCCUCUCUAUCAAGCCCUCUCUCUAAAAAGGCCCUUUCUCUUAAAAGCUUCAUUCUCUCAUCACCCCCUACCUAACUGGCCUCCUCUCCAAUAAGCCCUUCUCUCUGGUAAGCCUCUCUCUCUACUUAGCCCCCUCUCCAAAAAGGCCCCCUCUCUUAAAAGCUUCUUUCUUUUAUCAGCCCCUACCUGAUAGGCCCCUCCCUUAAACCCUCUCCCCACCACUCUUAAUAUGCACCUCCCCCUUAUAAUCCAUCUGCUGAUUGUAUUCUUUUAUUGACCCUUUCACUCCCAAGAUCUAAUUAAUAAUUCUCCUUACUACCUGCCAUACAAUUCUUAUAAUGUUAGUUCAGAGAAUUGGGUAAGAUCAACUAAUAAUCCCAUGAUUGAUAUUCUUUAUUCUCAUCACCUGCCUGCUUGAUAUUGUAUUGAUAUUGUAAGGAGAAAUUCUGUCUUGGUCACUUGUGGGAGUGAAAGGGUUAACCCUUUAACCUCUUAAGAGUGACUAGCAUCUUGUUUCCCCUUACAACGUCAUCUCAGCGUCUUUACCAAACACUUCUCUAUGAAGCUUUCUCUCCUAUAAUCCUUUCUCUUGUCCCCUUCUCUAUUAAACAAGAAAAAAAACAGGCAAUAGUGUGAUACAGUGGUGCUCUAAAAUUCUGAAUUGCUUACAUUGGUUUACUUUGCUUAGUGAUGAAGAUCAAGGAGAAGCAGAUACAAAUGCCUUAUUUCAGUUUCAACAGGAACUGGAGACAAGGUGUGUGCAAUGAAGAAGUAUUUUAUUUCCAGUAGGAAACUAGUAUUGAAGUGGAGCUGCUUUUUGGAAAGUUAGAAUUUUUCAAAAUUUCAGGGCCUGAAGGAAAAUAAAAAAGACAGUCAUUUGGGACAGGCAAGUUCUUCCUGUCCUAGGCCAGGUUGUUCAAAAAGCUGGUUUGGAUAAGCAGGAUUAGCAUGAAAUCUGACUUCAAAUCUGAAAGCUAUCAAAGAGAAUUCACUGGAAUUCCUUUUGUCUAGAUUACGAUUAUUGGAUGCUCUAAAAAGAGUAAGGAAAAUUAUCCCAAAAAAGCUUUUGAAUUAAGGAAUAAAGAAACCCAGAUUAAAAAUUUAACCUUGAGUUAGCACUAAUCAGCCUUUAGGCAAGGGGGCCCUGGUCACCUGCUGGUGGGCAAGUCAAGGUUUUAGCUUGGAAAGGUAGGGGGUGGGAGAGGGGGUAUGGGAAGGGGAGGGGCAGGAUAUGUAUGUGUUCAAUACUGAUUUAUUUCUUUUUCCACAGUUUGCACAAGAUACCAAAUAUCUUCCACAGUUUGGAAUUCCUUCUUCUGAUGUUAGAGAGUGACCUCAUUCAGGAUGUUCCUUAUGAGCAACAGACUGGUGAGGUUUCAUUUUAGCAGCUAUUGAGCUUUGGCUGCUAAACUUUUUGUGACUAGUGCCAGGCUCUCGGUCAGUGGUAAGAAGGGAAAACCUAGUAAGUUGAUUUGGGUAGGUCUGGGAAGGAGUGGGGAAGGUUGUGGGAAAAAAACGUGUACCGGUAUUCCUCCUUUACCAGGGUUUUUAUCAAGAAAUUUAGUCACAAGAUAACAGUGUUUUUUGAUGGGAAAAUAGUCUCCACAUCCUAACCUUUUACAAAGUAAUAUCAGUGUGCAUAUUCUCCAUACUGUUCUCCAUACAUUUUGACGGCAUACAUAGAUGACACCCUGUAGCUAAUAAGUUGGUGUAUUUUGUGUAUUGGUGUCUGCUGCAGAUAUUGGGUUAUCAUGUCAACUUCACAUGCUAUUGUAUAUUGACUGUACACUCUCGACAAAUCAGAGUUUUCACGGUAGCUUUAAUGUAGAAUAAUACCUGUUAUUAACUUCUGGGUUAAAUACUUCAUCACAGGUUGGUCAGAUUUCUCUCAUAUCAUGACUGGUCAUCAACUGUUCAGUGCUCCACUCACCUGCUCUCUCCUCUCCAAGGCUGCUCACCAAAUUGCGUCAUCCAGAAUGUCCGUAUGUAAACAUCUAUUGGUGCUGCUCAGUUUAAUGACCAGGCUGGGGGUCAACAAGGUAUUAAACAGUGAGAAUGUAAAAUAAUGUAUUUUUGUCCUCUCCAAACACUAUAUUAUGGCGAGAAAGGGUGAUUUAUAUUCCCUUUUUGCUCCUGUCCCCAUUGUACUUUCUCAUGUUCUUCUGUUUAGGGGUUUCAUCAAUUACUUUUUCUGUGGGGGACCUCCCAUGGUGCAAUAGGUGACUGGGCUGUUAGGCAACACUUUUACAUAAGAGUCUGAACAGAUAGCUGUAAGAGGUGUCACAGGCAGCAGUAAGAGGUGUUAUAGGCAGAGGUAGAAGGUGUUACAGGCAGCAGUAAGGGGUGUUAUAGGCAGCAGUAAGAGAUGUUACAGGCAGCAGUAAGAUGUGUUACAGGCGGUGGUAGGAGGUGUUACAGGCAGUGGUAAGAGAUGUUAUAGGCAGAGGUAGAAGGUGUUACAGGCAACAGGAAGGGGUGUUAUAGGCAGCAGUAAGAGGUGUUACAGGCAGCAGUAAGGGGUGUUACAGGCAGUGGUAAGAGAUGUUAUAGGCAACGGUAGAAGGUGUUACAGGCAGCGGUAAGGGGUGCUAAAGGCAACAGCAAGGGGUGUUAAAGGCAACGGUAGGCUUCCAAUAACUGGAUUUUGAAACCCCUGCCCCUUCCUUCCAUACUAUGCCUUAAUAAUUAGACCCCUUGUCUCUUCCCUUUUAUUCCCUCCUCCUUUUCCCGUUCCUCGUCUUUGGCAUCUUGGCAUAUCACUCCCCCCUUGGCCUAGAACUACAGAUUGCAAUUAUUUCCCAAGAAGGUUCAUCAAUGAUCUCUUCUUAACAAAUCAUCCCAAUGUUCCCUGAACCUUGUAGUGCAGAUUCUUAAUUCUCUUUGUUUCCAUUUCAAGUGUUUUUUUUUCUGUUCCUAAGAUUGGCUUGGAUGCUAGAAAAGCUGAGGAUGUAUCAUCAGUGUUCAUUCCUAGAACAGUUGAGUUUCUCAGGCUGUAUGUUGCUCUGCACUGGAUCCUUGAACAAGCUGUCACGCCCACACCAUCAAGUUCUGUGUAUGUACAUCAGUUCUUCUUGCUUUAGGUUUUUCAGGUAGCAAAGUUGACAUAAUAUCUCUUCAACAAUAGACUAACAACAACUCUUCACUUGACUCUGAUGAUGACUUCCGCUCAGGUUGUGAAAGCGUCAGUCAUUACUACCGACAACAGUCCCUCUCAGGACUACACUCACCCAGACAAUCAGACUAGCACGAUUAAUAUAAAUACGAACACGAACAAAAGAGUGGACUCGUUUUCCAAAAAGAAAGAGUAAUAACAAAGAGUGCAUGACUCCUACCAUUAAACUGUGACGUGUUUCAACAAUCCUGCAAACUUUUUUCGUACAGAGAGUCAAACCUAAAACAGUUAGCUACACUGGAAAUUUCCGAUGGAAUGGAUUCAAAAGCAGUCCCCGGUAAGAGUUAAAAAAUUGGCCCAGGUUAACGUUGGUUUUUUUUUGUCUAUGAUUGUUUAUUUGAGCGACUAUUUACUUGAUGACGUGUGUUUUCUCGUUGUAGAUGAUCCUUCUCUGACACUAGGGGAACUCUUCCUAUGUGGUGUUGGGGGAACACAACUGAGAAGGCACCUGGUCCAUAAAAUCAGGGCCUCACUGGAGAUGUCUGAUCAGGAGCCACCUCUUCUUUGGGUUGGAUUUUUCAACCGGGCUGUUUACAUCCUGAUGGACCUAAUGUAUCCUAGUGACUUAAAUAAUCGUAAUUGCCAGUUCUUUUUUUUUUGUUUUGUUUUUUCCCCGGUUUUUGUUUGAACUUGAAUUAGAAAGUACACCGAGACCCUAUUUCUGCAACUAACAUUGAGCAUAAAAACUUUGUUGUUGAAUCGGAUGGUUUUACGUGAGAUUAUAUCUUUUACUCCCGCAAGCAAGUAUAAAUAAUUUAUCCCCGUGAUACACCAUGUUAAGUCGUAAAGUGAUGAGAGGAAGGAAUAGUAUCAACCAGGUACUGUUGCUUUAUUAAACACUAAGUCUCUCUGAGCUUAAAUGCAAGGAAUGUUUGGUGAACAGUAAGGAGAUGCGAGAACGCUUUGAGAUCUUGUUACGUGGUUUCCAUGGGGGCUAUUUUUUUCCAACACCGCCAGAGUUUAUCUUAGAUUCCAUAGCAUCAAGUGACUAGAGUAUUUCCCCUCCCCCAUGUCUCAAAAAGCUCCGCCACUUCUAUUUGUGUUUUGCAUUACGUUAUUUUAACUUGACACAAAUCCAACUAUAGCUGGCCACUAAGGGAGAGCGUCAUUUUCCCAGAAUUUCUCCUCUCGCGGUGUCAGUAUCUUCGCAUUCAAGAUUACGCGCAUCUGAUUUGCUAUUGGUGUGACACCUGUCAGUUAUCAUGGCAUUUCUUACUGGGCCAAUCGUAUUUGGCUUUGGGCGAAAAUCACAAGGCAUUAAGCUGCUUCCUGAAGGCUGCCAAGGGGAUUGGUAAGGACGCUUUAGUACUUAUUAUUUGCUGGGUGAUCAAAUCAAAUGAUAAAGUAUUUUGGGAUUAUGAUAGUUUUUCUUUACCUCGCUCUGUGAUUGAUCCAGACAAUUCACGCCAUGUCAUGUAAACCAAACGGAUGCAAAAUUGAAACCAAUCACGCCCUGAGCAAUCGCGUUUUCAUGCGAGCCAGUUCCCUUGUUUUCAUUUUGACUUUGGCUUCAUAGACUUUAUAGGCUCCUUGUGAUAUUUCCUUUGAUCCAACUUGCUGUUGUGACUACUUUUCCGUUGGUUAACCCUAUAAACUCUGGGGUUCGCACGGGCCCUGGAAAAAGAUUAGAGGUCGUGGAAAGUCCUGGAAAUCUGCUUAACUCAAACAAUAGGGUUUCCAGAAUUUACGUUGUAAGAAAUGUAUGUUAACCUUGAGGAGAAUUGAUUUUGAAAUCUAGGGAAUGAAAGAGUUCAAGGAUUUAAAAUCAAUCUGAGUCCUGGAAAAGUCCUUGAAAUUUUUUUCUGAAAAAAGGGUACGAACCCUUCAACCCCAUGAGUGACCAAGAGAGAGUUUCUCCCUACAGUAUCAAUACAAUAUCAAACAGAUAAGUGAUGACAAAAAAUAAAGAUAUCAGUUUGGGAAUCAUUAGUUGAUCCAAAACCAGAUUCUCCCACUAACAUCACAAGAAUUGUUUGGCAAACAGUGAGGAGAAUUACUAAUGAGAUCUUGGGGUUGAAAAGGCUUACGACAUUCAAUCUAAAGGAGCUCUAUGCUUGCGUAGCCUGUUAAGUGCGAUUCAUUCUGUUUCUAUCACUGUUCACUUUAAGUUUUCUUGAUUUUAGGUUCAAUGGAUGCCUUUGUGAUGAAGGUUCUUCAAAGCGAUUCCACCGAUAUUUCAACACUGCUUGUUUUAUUUUACGUAAAGGUGAGGCAGAUUAAAACUCACAGGCGAACAAGACGAAAUUCUUCAUUACGAAAUUUAGGAGACACUGACGAACAAUCACGGACAUUCUACAUCACUCUUUUACGGAAACGAAAGUCUAUCUUCCCAGACGUUCGCAGUGUGAAUUAUCUCUCAAGAAAUGCCAUUUAACUUCCUUUUUGGAAGUUUCUUUCAUCGACAAAUGAAUCUGAACGCUGCCCUCCAUUAUAUUGCUUUUAGUCACUAUAUUGAGGUUUAACUCGACGCAGACGUCUCGGAAAAUAGACUUUCGUUCUACAGACGAGAGUCUACAAAUAACUUUAGUGAAUUGAUAAAUUCCAACACGUGGACUAGGAACGUGUCUGUCUGUUCCCUUAUGUUCACUUGUAUUGUGUGACUGUUAUCAUUUCCUCUGUUUUCCCGCGCAGGUGUUGAAGCUGUUUGAGCAGUUUGAUGCUCCCGACUAUGUCAUCCGUGUGGCUCAUGUAGCGCUGGAUUUCGCUUCACCUGAUGAUCCAAAUAUUGUGAGUGGAUAACGUGAUAAGGGGGGAGGGGUAGGCGGUGAAAGAAAAUGUAGUAAAGCCGGCUAGGGCGCCGAGUCCAACUCCUCUUCAAAGUUGCCAUUUAGCGAUCUGAAAUAGGAAAAUAAACCAGGCUGACAGCUGGCCUUUUGGAGGUUCACGUGACAUCUCAAGACUUGCUUUUGACAACUAAGGGAGAAGAGGCAAAAGUUUAUGAAAGAAAACUUCAGAGUGCAAUAUUUACCCUAGUUUAACUUUAGACCAUGAAGCGCAAGCGAUUUUUUAUAACUUGUUACAUGACUGCAAACACAGGACGCUAAAUAAACGACUAUAGCUGUAAAUUCAGUCGCCAAAAUUUGUUCCUACUCUUGCACAAAACGGUCGUAGCUAGGAGAGGUGAGCCUUUGAGGGGUUAAAAACGGUUUCUAUAACUCUGCCCGGACUAUUACUUUACGUCAUUCAGGGAGCUGAAUAUAACGCGCUCUGUGAUUGGUCGUUUCUUAUGAAGUAUCCGAGCACAGAGGUGACACCAGCGUCGUGCGAAGUCGUUUACUUUCCUUCGUCAUUCGUACACUCUUUUAAAACGAUGUUUCCGAUAUUUUUCCGAUGAGUUUACGAUGAUUUUCCGAGAAUUUUCCAAUAACUUUCUGAUAAUUUUCCGAAAGUUUAGCCAUGGAAGACUUUAAAAAUAUGCUUGGCGCCUUUUUACAGGUGAGAAAAAACAAAUGCGCAAUAGGAACACAUACCUCGAACAGUGGAGCACUAUGAGGCUACUCGUGAUUUUUGUUCCUUUUUUCUUUUCUUCAUUGUACAAGUGUAUGGCAGAGUGGAGUAAUUUUUGUUAAUUAUGUUAUCUCUCCUUAAUUAUUCCAGCCCGACUUGUGGUCAAACAUUUUUAAACAUCAUCUGGAGUUGCGCCAUAAUGACCUGGCAUAUGAAGCUUUGACCGCUAACCCUGACCCUGUUAGGUAAGUAAUUUUCCCAUCUCUUUUCUUAGUUUUCUUUUCCUUUUUAUUCGUUUAUCUUCUUUGUAAGUAGUCGUUCGCAGUUUGGCUCUUUGCUUCUCAUUGUGCAAUGAACGUCGAUUUUGGCUGCUAUCGUCCGCUUUUGAGUGCUCCUGUCCGAUUUCGGACUCUUCAGUCUGAUUUUAGACGCUGUCGUUAUAUUUUGGACGCCCCUAUCCUAUUACAGCAUCUCCGUCAGAUUUUGAACGCUAUCGGCUGUUUUUGAACGCUUCCGUUCGUUUUAGUUGUGAAGAUGUGGAAUUUUAUCAUUCUACUUUUCUUGACUUUUUUCAGGCGGCGUGUAUGCCUUCAUAAGCUCAUGGUAACACUGUACGAGGGAGGUCAAACUCAGGAGCUUGUAGAGUAUCCAUUUGUCAACCUUCAAAAUGAGGUGAAUAGAUAAGACUUUGUCUAUUUCAUCGAGAGAUUUGUCCUAGAAAGGCGAGCAUCCUCGUAAAAGAAUGAUAGAAACAUGUGCAAAGUACAGCUUGUUACAAGUGGCUCGCGCCAGGCACCUAUCGGGCAAAUCAUAACUAGUGUCCAGAUCUCUCAUCUAAUGUUGCGUUGUGCUCUAUCUCUCCCCAAGUCUUUAGUGUUCCUCAUGCUUGCAUAUGGGGGAUAGUGAAGACUGAUAAGAACACAAAUGUUAAUUUGAAUUAAAGAACAAAACUAAAUAUGGAAUAGUGUCAUUUGACUGUCUCAUGGAUCUAAUGACUAAGUCACUGUUCCAAUAGUCCUUUGGAGUUAAAGUCCCGUAGCCGACGCAGGGCUAAGGGAGGUUUCUUUGGUCGUUCUGGGGGUUUCGGCGGGCUUGACGGCGCCAGUGGAUCUGCUUGGGGGCUGGACGCGUGCGUUCGUGGAGUUGCUGUUGAGGGGUGCUCAGGAGAUGGGGAAGGUGUUUGGUUGCUAAGUUGUAUCUGUGGUGCAUUUGGCUUUGGGCUGGGGCUGUGGUGGUCAGGUGUCACUGCUGCCGGGGUUGGCCCAGUUAGUGGCUGUGCAGGGGAUGGUUGUGGGGGCAUCCUUGCUUGUGCUGGGGUGGGGGCGAUUGGCUUGGGCGGUCUGUGUGGCAGCAUAGCAAGAUGACGCAGGUCGUCAUCAAUUGUUAGGUGGGGCGGUGUGGUCCGUACCGGGAGGUAUUUCCUUAAGAACUUGCGGUUGCGGGUAGUCAUCCUCCCUGAGCCGUCGAUGCGGAUGACAUACUGGUCGAAUUGGCGAACCUCGACCACGACUCCUGUCUUAUCCCACUUAGUGGGGUAGGGGCCUGUUUGGUUCUGGAUGCGAACAUGGUUACCAACGGCCAGGGGUGGGAGUCGCUUGGUGUGCUCAGACCAUCUCUCUGCAGCUUUCAUGUGGCGGUUUCUUAGUGCUGCCUCUCUUGUCGCGAGGGUGUCACGCCAGGUAGGGUGUGGUUGGUAGCGACCAGGUAAGAUAGGUAUGAAGUCCUUGAUUGGCCUGCCGAAGACACAUUGUGCAGGGGAUAGCUGAGUAUUCGGGUCGGGUGUGUUUCGAUAUUGAAGGACUGCACGCUGGAAGGAGUCAGUAUCUAGGCUACCAGAUGGGGUGGUGUUGUCAGUGAUGAACCGUUUGACUGAUUUGACGCCAAUCUCUGCCCUGCAAUUUGAGUGUGGGAAUGCCACUGACGACAGACGGUGGUGUAUGCCCCAGUCUUUCAGGAAUUGGCGUGUGGCUGUUGCUGUGAAUUCAGGGCCGCCAUCUGUUGCGAGUUCGUCUGGGAUGCCGAAUGUGGCAAAGGUUCGUCGUAGACAGUCAAUCAGGCCUGUAGAUCCCUCUCUUGCUCGCUCAACGAGGGGCCAGUUGGAGUAGCGGUCUACGAUAACAAGGUAGGUAACCCCUUUGUAGUGAAAGAAGUCGGCGCAAACACAUUGGAACGGGUAGGCUGGGGGUACAACUGGAGAGGGCGGUGAACUCGGUUGAGAGGGUGCCAUGCGGUUGCAGUGGUUGCAGGUUUCCCGUAGGGCAAUGAUGGCUGGGGUGAUGCCUGGCCAGAACACUGUGCUUUCGGCGCGUGCUGUCAUGGAAGUCACACCUUGGUGGGCUGAGUGCAAGACAGUCAGAAUAUGCUGGCGGAGAGAGGGUGGUAUCACGAUGCGAUUCUUGUAGAGGAUGAUGCCAUCAACUGUAUAGAGGUGUUCGCGAAAUUGAUGGUACUCCCGAAGGGCAGGUGGUAGCUCGUUACGGGAUUUAGGGAAUCCAGUCUCGAUAAGAUGAAUUAGCUGGGUCAUUGCCCUGCUGCUUGUUGUGGCCAGCUUGACCCUAUCCCAUGUGACGGCAAUAGUGUUUAAUGCCGAUGAGGCUGAUGAGGCUAGCUGGUCGUCAAUGGUGAUGGAGCAAGUGCCCGGUUGUGGUUCGGUGUGGCGGAUGCCGGCCAAGAAGGAGCGUCCGGAGUUAUCUAAUUGCGGGAGAGCGGCCAGGGUUGCGGUUGCCGCGGCUAUGUCGUCUGGCAAGACUAGCAGGUCUGGUUUGGUGGUUCCCGUAGGAUGGCGGGAUACAGCAUCGGCAGCUUUGUGUCGCACGCCAGGGAUGUGUACCAUUCGGAACCGGUAACGUAAGCUUUUCUCCUUGAGGUUGCGGAGCCGGGCGUUGGUGAUAUCUUCAAGGGACCGGUCUCCAAACACUUUUAGGAGGGGCUUGUGGUCGACAGCAAUGAUCAGGUUACUGCAACCCAGGACAAAAAAUCGUGCUUUGUCAAGCGCGUCGGCAACGGCUAGGGCUUCGCCCUCUACUGGGGCAUAGCGUGAUUCAGCGGCGUGUGUGAAACGGCUCCCAACCAAAGUGAUCUUCCAGCCUGUACGACAACAGAAGGGUUCGGGGGAUGGGCACUGGCAGUGUUUCUGGAACAGCCAGAAUCCGAUGCCGCUUUUGGACCAGUCGGUUGCCAGGCAGGUUGGUUUAGAUUUGUCAAAGAUACGCACACCCUCUUCGAUUUCACUGAUAAUCACUGAUUUGGAUUCUUCAAAGAGUGUGUGCAGUUCGUCGGUCCAUUGGAAAGGGGUGCCGGGCUGGAGGAGCUGGCGGAAUGGCAACAUGCGCUCAGUCGCUGCGAAGGCAUAGGAGACCUGGUUGAUCAGGCCAAACCAGGAGCGGACAUCCGUGAUGUUGGCUGGGAUUGGAAAGUUGCGGAUGGCAUCGAGGUAUUGUUUGCAUGGCCGCACACAGCUUGGGGUGAUCUCAAAUCCUGCGAAUUCGACAGUGUCGGCUCCGAAGACGAACUUGUCUGGGUUAAGUAUGAUACCAUUGUGUCCGCAGAGGUUGAGCCAGUCAACCGCCUGGAAGAAACUUUGGUCAAGGUUGUCUGCCCAGAGAAGGGUGUCGUCGAUGCAUUUGGUCUUGUUAGGAACGUGGGACACGAUCUCAUCAAACCGUCUUGAGUAGCCGUCGCCAGAAGCUAUGUAGCCUUGAGGUGCUGUUUUAUAGCGGUAGCGACCCCAUGGAGUGAUGAAGGUGGUGAGGUGUCGAUCGUCCUCAUGGAGGGGAACGCUGUGGUAACCAUUCCAACAGUCAAACACGGUCUUUUUGGUGUUGCUUGGGAUUGAACGUGCCUGGUGGAAGGGGCUUUGCGUGUGGUGGGUUUCACGUGUCGCGUGGAGGUUGAGCGCCUGGAAAUCGACUGUGCGGCGGGGCUUGCCAUUCUUUUUAGCACAUACAACCAUGCGGUGGCACCAGGUGACGGGUUCUCCUACUGGCACUGGUUCGAGGACACCCAGUGAGACGUCCUGGUCGAGUCCUGCCUUGACCUCCUCUUGCCAGUGAAGUGGCACUGGUAUGGGGUUGUGGUGUGCGACUGGUUUCGCUUGGGGGUCAACCAUUAGCCUCAUAGGGAUGCUCUCCAUUAGGGGUAGCGGCUGGUGCUCGCAUGUAUUGAAGGUGCUGGUUCGGUAGUAGUCCAGCAGCCACUGUUGCAUCUUCAUCCGACUGUUCUCUGUUGCUGGGAAAGGGGUGGUUGUGGGCUUCGGUGGCGGUGUGAUGCGACGCGGGCAGGUGCAUGGGGGGCUGUCUGAGCCCUCAGAAGUUUGCAUAUCUCUGUCUGACGGGGUUGGUGCAGUUGCAUUGCAGGCUGUGUCUGGCUCGAUUGAGCUGCAUGUGUUUAGGGUCUCCCCCAACAUGGGGAAGUUCUUAGUGAUAAUGCCCAGUGCCAUGCAUGUCUCUCGGCUGAGGAAAAGUUUGUCUGAGUCGCUUGUCACGUAUACGAUCUGUCGGCUUUCCAGGGCUUUUCCGGAUGGAGACCUGCCCGAGAACCUUAAGAUGACUGCGCCCAGGAUGCUGAUCCCUUUGUUGUUCACAGCGUGCAUUUUCAUAGUGACGGGUAUCAGGUCACUCUCACAGAGGCCCAGGCGACGGAUGACUUUUAUGCUAGCCAAGCAGCUCUGGCAGCCUGUGUCAGCCAUAGCAGAGAGUUGUGCUGUUGCCAACUGUGAUUUGGGUGGGUUGUAUCCAAGGGCUGUGUAGUCUUCAGGAUGGGCUGUCGCUGUAAGCGUUAUGAACGGUUGAGGCUUGGAUGGCUGUCGAACCCAGUGAUCGGUUAGGUGGCAGUAGAGGUGGUGGUCGAGUGAGAUGACUCCUUUGCUUGGCCUGCUGAGGCUAGUUGUGGUGCAAAGUGAGUCAAAAAUUGCGCUUUCCGUUUCUCUGCUCUUGCCAAUGGGUGUCGGCGGCUGUUGGGGCCUGUUGCUUUUGCCCCUGCUGCGGCAAACGCUGGCAAAGUGGUUCUGCCGUCCACACUUGUCGCAGAUGGUGCCAUAAGCUGGGCAGUCAUGACGGCGGAUUCUGGUCGGCGCGCUCUUGCCAUGCCCUCUCUUGUUGCAAUAAGAGCACAGUUCGUUCGCGUCCCCAUCCUUACGUUGCUUGACCUCAUCAUUUUUGGCACGACGAUACUGACUUUGUGCGGCGUCUGUACUGUGGCUUUGUGACAGGCGGCCUGCUGACCGUUUGCCGGCCUCUUUUGCCUCAAUGAAUUGGAACACCUCCUCAAGGCUCAUGUCUUGGUUUCGUUCCCCCAACAGGUCUAAUUGGAUUUCGCUGUCAGCCAGGCCACGUGUGAGGACAUCGCGAAGGACGUUUUCCGUAUAGUUGACCUCUAUGUUGCAGCCAGGGCAAGUGACUAAAAAACUUGCAAACACCAGCUUGGCCGCGAAGGCGGGCACCAAAACUACGGAUCGUCUCAUCCCGGUCUUGCCGCAUGUUGUGUAGCUGCACACGGGCGACCAUUGCGUUCUCCUCCCGUACUGCAAGCUUUUUUAUGGCUGCCAUGACCUCAUCUGCGGUUUUGUCGGUGAGGGAACCGCCCGCGUUUCUUGUCAGGUCUUUGCGAAGUUGUUCAUCGCAGCACUCGAGGAGCUGGAUUACCUUUUCUUUGCCGGUGACAUUAGUUGCCGCAACAUAAUCGCCCCAACGCGUUAGAAAAUACGACCAAUCCUCACUCGAUCCCGCUGCCGAAAUUGUCGGACGGCGUACUCUUUCGAGUUUCGUGUUACUGUUGGGGUUGAUCGUGUUCACUGUUCCUGGAGUGACAUGUACCCCCGAAGAGUGCACUGAUAGAAGGACGGCCGCGAGCGCGUCUGUAACUUCCUCUGUCUCGUAGGUGCAUUCGGGGAAUGGGCAUUUGUAUUUCUUCGACAUUGCGUACUAUUGUAGUCCGGGAAGAAAACAAAGAUGGCGGUCGAUCGGCGAUCGAUGGCCGCGUUCUCCUCUGUUCGACGUAUUACUGGGUAGUCCGCUUGCAACCGGUGUCUCGUUCGCCAGAUCAAUCCGUGUUGAAGUAUGUUUCUAUCAUAGAUAAGACUUUGUCUAUUUCAUCGAGAGAUUUGUCCUAGAAAGGCGAGCAUCCUCGUAAGAGAAUGAUAGAAACAUGUGCAAAGUACAGCUUGUUACAAGUGGCUCGCGCCAGGCACCUAUCGGGCAAAUCAUAACUAGUGUCCAGAUCUCUCAUCUAAUGUUGCGUUGUGCUCUAGUGAAUAUUAACGUUAUGAUUAAAGACAAACCUGUUAGACAGGUGAGAGCGCAAGUGCGAGAAAAGCGCGAGGAAGGCGCGAGGAAAAUGCAAAGGGCGAGUCGCGCGUGUCUCGUCCCCCGUACGUUCGCCUCACGCUUGCUUUUGCUCGCCUGAGAAACGCGUUGAAACUGAUUGUUAGUUUUUCCUUUGAUGUUCUGGCCUGUAAGACUCAACUGGCGUAACUCGGUCUUGAUAUUUCAUUUCGAUACGUUGGUAAAGUUGGUUCGUUCUGCUCGGUUCGCUUUACGUGGUGCUGGUAGUUUUUUUAAACCUGUUUAGAGGAACCUUAUAUGGUACACGGUUCAUACAUGAUUAGAAUAAAGUGUUCGGCGUUGAGAAAACUUUUCUGUAACUGUUGUUCUGUUUUUUUAGUUUAUAGACAUCAUCGAGUCUCAUGCCCGUACAGUGGACAUAACUACUCACAGCUUUUACGAUCUACUCUAUGCUUUUCACGUGUUCAGAGGAAACUACAGAAAAGGUGACAACCAAAAGUUAUCACAACAGCCAAUCAGAACUAAGGAGGGUGUCAUGAAGAGCCAAUGAGAACUCAGAGAAAUGAGCACAAGUCGCUUCAAGCGCGGGAAAACGCGAGUGAACAGUUGGCUUAAGCUUGGGGUCUGAUUGGUCAAAAUUGUGGUGCGAGUGUUUUUUUGAACCAAUGAGAAAGCAUAGUAGAGGGGAACUUAUGCAGACAGGGAAUACUAUCAAGACUCUAUGAAAAAAACCGCACUUUACUUUACAUAACUGUUUAUUUUUGACAAUGUUUGGUUAAUGAGAAGAAGUGGGUGUAGUACAUCUUCCAAAGGCAGGAUGACGAUAUAAACAAAUACACAGAGUAAUGAAGCAAAUACAAAGUGAUGUCAUUUGUUUUAGAUUACUGUGUUGGAUCUUUUUUCUCCAGCUGGGGCAGCAAUGUAUGAACACGCCUUGCGACUUGGACAAGAAGUUUCAGGGCUUGACAGUCUGCAAAAACAGGUUUGUUUCUUUGAUAUUUUUUCAGUAAAGCUCAUCAACGACCUUGGUAGCUCACUAAUCAAUUUGCAAGGAAAUGAAAAACUUAGCGCACACUUAAAAUUCCUACACGUACCUCUACGCUGAGAAACAUCUAUUUCCGAUUUACUUUCAGGCAAAAUGUUAUUUAGCAGCUAUGAACUCACUCCGUCUCGUCGAGCCGAAAAAUGCCUGGAUUGUAAAACCUCUGGACAGAAUAGGCACCGAUGUAAGUUACAUAUUUUUGCUUCAAAACAGUACCACACAUUACAUUUAAUUACAGCUCUGUAGCUUUCAUUUGACCGCUUGCAUUAGGGUCUCAUAAACAGACCUAGGAAAAGGUUCGAACCACCUCGUACAGCAUGAUUAAGAGUACCACAUGAGAGUACUGCUUAGUAGAUAUCAUUUGAAUGAUCACUCACCUGGGUUUCAUCUAUAGACGUAAAAGCUACAACACCCACCCAAAGAAAAACGGAGUAAUCAGUUUCCUCUUUCACCAAACGGGCCAUUGCUCAUUUUUCAGAAACCAGCGGAGCCGCCCAACAUGUCACCUAAACGAAAGCAGGGAGAAGAAGGAGAGGUACUCUACCCAGGUCAUCUGGCCAAGCCUCGGCGUAAAGUGACCGUGUUAGACAUCAGGGACCUGGAGGGAGAGUAUCUAUUGGUUCUCGCCAGGCUGCAGCUCAUUAAAAUGGACGCAGAUCCAACUCGUGCUAUAGGUUUGUUACGUCAGACAUGUAGCUCUCUGCUCUGAUUCUCUGAUUGGUGUAGUGCCGUUACCAUGGCAAUCUUUUGACUUUCCUUUUUCCUUUUUUUCUUUUUUCCGCUCGGUCUCAGGCCCUCAGUUGUCACCCCAGGAGAGCGUAGCGUUGUUGACUCAAGCAGGCUUGUUUGACAAUGCCUUCACUGUAGCUUUCCACUUCAACUUGCCAAAAGAAACGAUCUUCGAAGGACUUGCCUCAAGGUUAGAAAGCAUGAACAUUAAAAUGUUUCAAGGGGAGUCUAGACGAUUUUGCGAGAGCUCAACGCGAGAAAGACUGGGACGAGACAGAUCCACGAAAGGGGGACCGCCAUAUUAGUCUCGACCCAAUCUCAUAUCGUUCAAAUGUCAAUUAUACAUUUCCUCUCUCUCCUCGCUCGUUUGACGUUUCGAGAAAAAAGGAAAUACUCACCAGUGAUCUGGACAGGCUACCAAAAUGAAUACGUAACUAAUAUCUAGCAUUUUAAUUCUGUUUUAAACGUACCUUUCCCUUUUUUUGUAACACUUCUGCUCUUUUAACUUCUAAUGCGACUUUUUUUGUCUUUGCAAUAGGUGUGUCAAGUUAUCUACCCAUGGUCCUGGUCUAACACGGUGAGGAAAUAACUAUUGUAAUGCCAAUUCCCAAAAGGAAGGAACAACAACGACAAAAUAGCCAUCCGAUGGAUGUAUUUCAGUUUUCACAAAUCUCAGAAUUUUCUCCUAUAGUACAGUUACACUAUUUCAGUUUUCACGUUGUUAAUCCACGCUUUUACUACUCUUUGAUAUCAUUUCUUUGAUUUUCACAGAAAAACCGAAGAGGACGCGUGGGACUGGCUCCUAUCUAAUGACCUCGGCGAAGCUCAGGUCUCCGGAUACAAGAGGUACGCGUCAAUUUACCGGUGUCCAGACCUUUGUUUUGUAUUGUGUAUUUUUUUUUCUUUGCCUUUUGAAUCUCGUUUAAAGUAAGCAAUGUUUGAGGCUAUACUUUCCAUGAUUUUUUUAUAGUGUUGUUGACCAGGCUUGGCAACUUUUGAAGUUGUACCUCGACAAGCUUGGUCCACGUGAUGGUCACGUGUAUUACAGAUGUGUGACCAGUAAACUGCUGUCAGCCGGGGCUACUCUGCCCACGUGGCUCGUGAAUGAUUAUAAGGUGAGAGGACUUGUGGAAGUGGUCACGUGAUCAAGACCUACGGUUUGAGGCUGCAAGAAAUUUGUAUGCGUUUAUGAAAAUUUUUGACGUUUUGUUAAAUUUGGAAACCAAAAAAGUUAUUUUUAUUUGCUGUUGCGCCAUGUAACUCAACAUAAUAAGCACCUAAGAUUUCAGAAGAACAUUGACAAGCGGUAAAAGACGAUAGAACGGAUUUCAUUUCGGCUUACUGGGCGAAAAUCGAUCUGACUUUUUUCAAGAUUACAACAAUUUGUUUGAAAGAGUUAUUUGUAAUGCUUAGAGGAAAUUUCCCCAGUUUGUUGCCAUUUGAGUGUCAUUUUACAGAUAAGACACUAUUACUCUGCCUAUGUGCAGUUCAGAGCUUUUAUUCAGCGGAAACGUUCAUAGCCAUUAAAACAUAGGCGAUCCUGUGAUGUCUAAUUUGCGUGAACUUUUGGCUAACGGGCUGGAAGAUGUCGUCAAGUUGUGUGACGUACCUUACUGAUAGACACUCCAGAUGAAACCAUCCUUUAUCAGUGGUCACUGUUUUUCAAAAUUUCGAAAUGUUUCUGCUCUAGCGCUUUAAUGCCACCGAACUGCUCCGUUUGUACAUCAACUAUGAUCUUCUGCUGGAGGCUGUCAUGUUGGCUGUUGAGUACAUUGAAGCUGUUCUUGGAAAGGGCAAAGAAUACUUUGGACUGACGGUGAGUUCACCUGUGAGCCGUGCCUUUAGUUAUUUUUGAUACUGAUCACACUCAGACGAGUUCUUCAAUGUGAAAAGUUUAUUUAGGAUGAGUCAGCCAGUCUUGUAGAAUAUGCAUCCUAAUAUGAUCCUAACAUAUGUACACUGAAAACUAAGGGUUCUACAAAAGAACCCGUGCUACUCCAGAUACGAAAAACCACUAAAAAAUCACUCUUCAGAAGUGGCCAAAAAAUAUAUGGAAACGUAUUCCUCAUCUAAUGCAGCGGCACAAUAUCCCGAGGAAAGGGUAAACUAACCUGGUUACACUGCUUACCACAAAGAAAAAUCAAUGAAUGUAAAGAACAUUAAUUCAAUUAAAGCAACCCUCUCAUAGAUAAUGCCUAUAAAGCCAACUGAUUGCGUAAAGAGUGGUUUGGGUUAGUCCUCUUGUAAAUAACCGGCCCCUAAUCUUUUAAGUGGCAAUUUAGGGCACUUUUUUCGAGUCUCCAGCGUAUCCUUCAAUGAAGGCCGCUAUAUAAACCCUUUUGUACUAAUUACCUUCAUUGAAAGAACAGGUAAAUUGAAGCGACACUUUUUCUAUUCUUGAAUUUGUGCCCUCUAUUAAAGUUCCAUCGUAUAAUCUUUGUAUCUAUUACCUUCCUGAAAGGGACAACUAUUUUAGGGACAACUUUUCUAAUCCCGAGAGUGUCCUUUGAACGGUCAUUCUACUGUAUUAAUACAGAAAUCUUAUUCGCAGGAUGCCUUGCACGGCACCAGUCCCAGUGUGUGGGUUCCGUACGCUUCCCUGGAUCAACUGCUGGUUCUGCUUAAGGACGUGCAACCUGAUUCCGAGCUGGCUCAGGUAAGGUUCCUUAGCCCUUUGUGACCAGCAUCUAAUUUCUCCUUACAACAUCACACCCUGAAUCAAACAAUAGGGGCACGAGAAUUAAGGAAAUGAUCAACAACUCUGAAGCACUGGAUUGUUAAACAAAUUCUUCAUGUCAGCUUCUCGAUGAAAUGCAUAGAGAACAGUUUGGAGAAUAUGCAUGCUCAUAUUAGGGUGAAAAGUAUGAAGACUGUUUUUUAGUUGAGUACUGCACAAGCAAAAGUAAAGCUCGUACAUAGGUCAAUCAGAACAAAGGGAAAUAUCAGAUGGAACCAGAAAGGAAUAGAUAAAGUUAAACAUUUGAUUGGCUGGGAGGGUGGCACGUGUUUCCAGACCAGACAUAGAAUGAAGUAUUGCAAAACCAGUCCUUUUCCGUUGGACUUUGGACACUCCCGUGAAAAUUGCCCUAUUUUAGGGACGGUAAUUCCUGUUGGGGUUAUUUUAUGAAGGUAAGCUUGGUUUGCUUUUCCCCACCAUUCAAUUUUCUAUUCAUUUGUUGGCGGUGUUCGUUGGGUGAAAACAUGCCUCAUUGCACAAGAAUCGUAGCGAAUUAAUCAUUCAUUAUUACAGGCACGUGAUGAACUGAGAGAGCUACUCGAUGUGUUCCAUGAGCAAGUGACAUCAGUGUCACGUGAUAUGGUGCGUAUGCAACUGAAGCGUGCUCAGCGGAUGCACGCGGCGGAGUCCAUUCCAAUGCAAUGAUUACAUCAUGAAAAUGGUAGAGACGUAGUCUUCUCUACUCGAUCGAAUGUUUGCCCGAGAAUUUUUUGAGUAAGGUAAUUCAGUGCCUUAGACGAUUUUUAGAGAGCAUGCUAGCUAACGCUAAGUCGGACGCGUUGCUGAGCAACAGAACAUAUCCAAACGGGUUCCAUCAAUCUAC